AUGCAGAUGGACACACUUCCCCCGGCCGUCAUCGAUCGACUCUGUGAUGCCAUAGCUGAUGUCUCGGGCGGUGACCUGACGCAGUACGCCAGCGUCUCGCGGUCCUGGCAGCGUGUAAUCGAGCGUCGCACGUUCCACAGCUUGUAUCUGUCAUCUGCCCGUCUGGAUGACCUCCCCAGCGUGGUGACCGGUCCUAGAAUAGGCUACGUGCGCGUCAUCACUCUACACGUCGCCUUGGCAUCGUAUCACCGACGACAGCGCAACGACAUGGAGUCGGCGGAGGAUGGCAGCCGGUCCACGCACGUCUUCGACAGUUCCAUUCAAGAUCUGUUCGGUACGCUCGCCCAGUGGGAGGACGACGUCACAUCCGAGGGCAUCCACCUCGAGAUCCUAGUCGAGUCACCGAGCGACGACAUGUCCGGGACAUCCCACACCCACGCCCGCCGGAGAAGCCGCAGCCCUACGACGACGAGACGGGCCAGGUCGUCGGUCACCCGGCUUGACCUGCCCCGCAGUGCGUUGCCGCGUGCCUCGGUCAUCAGUGCUCUGACUUGCUCGGGGAGACACAUUGAGCUGUCGUCGGUGCUGUUCCUCAUCUCCAAGAUGCCGAGGCUGCAGCUCCUGGACACGGAGAUUGAGCACGACACAGCUGGCGAGAGGGACCUGGCGCAGAGAAGAGACUUCAUCCUCGGCCUCCAGCACUGCGCACCCAACAUUACCGAGUUUCGCCUCCGUCGUCCCAUGAGCACAUUCGACUCGCCCAGAUCAUCGUCCAAGUGGGCCCGUUCACUCUUCUACAGCUCCCUCCUCGAAUAUACCCAGCAAUGCAUAACGUUGAAGUUUGACGACAGCAUCGACGCCCGCAGCCUGCUGGCCUACUUCCGCGAUGACGAGUCCGGACGGCGACGGUAUAACGACCGGAGCGCCGGCGCUGGCGGGGCAGGAUCGUCGAGCGCGGGACCGUGGUGGCCGCGUCUCGAGCGGCUCCAGGUGCGCAACUCAUACAUGAUGCGCAGGCCCUACACGCGGGUGCGAACCCAUGCCAGCGCCAUCAAACAUGUGCACGACGUGGUGCUAUUCGUCGGUCGCGCCCUCCGGUGCAUGCCGGCUGCCAAGUCGAUCCGCAUCAGGCAGUACAUCCUCGCCGAGGGCAACCUGGAGCACGCCGUGGUCAAGUACGAUAUAGACGACGCUGGUCGGCCGGUCGUCGUGUUUCAGGGUCUGCAACCGCCGCAGAAGACGGUCGACGCGUGGACAGCGAGUGUUCUGGAGACGAGGGGUGUUGAUCUAAACGUUCGCAUCCUUGCCAAUGCCGAGGGUCUCGCCAACCGACCAGAUCAGAGGUUCUAG